AUGUCCUUUCAAUCAGUCCCUUCGGUUGAAGAAGUCAGUAAAUGGAGCCCUAAGAACGUCAUUACUUUUCUGGAGACUAAGAAGGAUGAGUUGUUUCUCAGAGAUCGAGAUAUUAAAGUAUUUGAAGAUAACUGGGUUGCUGGUCGUGCCUUCCUUGAACUAUCCAAGGAUGACCUUCUAGCAUCUCCGUAUAAUCUUCCUGAUGGACCAGCUAGAGCGAUUUCGGGACUAAUCAAAGACGUUAAGGGCGAGCGAGAAGCACAGAAACUUAGAGAUGAAGAUGAAGAUGAUGCCCUAUAUUUCUCGACCAUUGAUAUGCUCCAAACACCACCAGAGUAUAUUCCAUCCCGCUGGGAUCUAUUACUUUGGCUUCAAAAACCGCCUUCCACACCAGUCAACAUUCCUCCAGCUAUGUAUAACGCUUACUUUCGGUCGAGGAUUUCUCCAAAUAUUUUGAGUCAAUUCUUUGUGACUUCAGACAAGGCGUCUUUCCGAACGUGGGCUGAAUGUAUACAACCUAUUGCCAAGCCACCCGUUAUAGGCACAACGGAGGAUUCAUUUCACGCAUUUUGGGACGCACUCAUUGUCAACCCUUUUAGG